AUGAAAGAAAAAAGGAUAAUUCUCCCAGUUGUUCUUUCAAUUUUGCCACUGGAUGAUGACGUAAAAACAGAUCAUGUUCGAGAUAUCUUUUUGUAUGACAUUCCAAAAAGAUGGACGGAAAUCCAAGUGGAUAAGAAGAUCAGUGACAAAACGGAAAAAUUUAUAAGAUGGUACGAUGGGAAAUUGAUGAUAAAAGAACGUAGUUAUAGAGAUAGAUGGCAAAUGUGGAAGGAUGUAUCAGAAGUAGAUAUGAAAAAGAUUGUAGAGAAUGAGUCAAAAUACUUGAAAGCUCUUACAGCAGCUUACCCUAAGAUUUCCUCGAAAGUGAUUAAAGUCCGUCCUUGUUCUUGGAAAAUUUUGACUUAUUAUAAGUUGCAACAGGAUUUAGAAAAUACACUAACUUCGGCAACAACAAAAAGGGAAAUUGGAAUUUAUCGUUUGGUUCGGUUGAAUCGGACAAUGUCCAAGAUCGGCACAGACGGACUCUUGGAGAAAAAAGAUAAGAUGAGGCAAGAAAUAAUACAUCCUUCGGUCGAACCUGAAGAAGUAGAAAAGAUUAUUAAUGAUGUCAGGGACGAUCAAAAAUCAAGUUCUCCUGGUCCAUUAUUGAUUAACUAA